GAAAUUAAUUGUAAAUUAACACCUCCCGGAGCACGGUGUUCCGACUUAGUUUGGCAAUUUUGGAAUUAAACUAAAACAGAAAAGGAAAGAAAAAAGAAAGGAAAAGAAAAAAAAGGAAGCCCCCGUCCCAAAAUUUCACCCACCCAAAACACACGCUCAUAACCGCACCGCAGCGCCCUAAGUCUUCGAACGUUUUAACCACAGCCGUCUCUCUCGCUCCCUCCUUCCCAAAACAAAGAAUUAUUAAGAGAGAAAGAAAAAGGAAACCUCACGCUCUGUCUUCUAGUCUCUAAUAUUUUGAACCCCUCCUGAUUAUCUAAUUUGAUAAUAAAAAUAAUUAAUAAAUAAGAGUUAUAUAUAAACAAAGUCUCUUCAAAGUCUUAUAUUACUCUCCCUCUCUCCCCUCUGCUUAUUUUUCAAGCAGUCUUUCUGCCCCAAAAGAAAAAAAAAAAAAAUUAAAUAAAUUAUAUACAUACAUAUAUAUUUACUCCUCUUUCUCUCUCUAAACUGUUUACACUUCUCUUUCAAUUUUUAUUUUUUCUUCUUUUUUACAUAAACCCUCGCUUCUUCCCUCCGCUCCUUCUCCCUCUAGAAAUUUCUAAUUUUUCUCUCUCUUAGGGUUUGGGUGUACUAUUAUUACACUGUUGCCUAGGGUUUUAUUAUUUACUAGUAGAAGAAGCUAGUGUGUGAGUUUUUCUAUUUCUAUUUUUAUUUUUGUUUUUUUUUUGAAUUUUUUUUUAAAUGGCGUCUUUAGCUAUGGCCGCCGAGAAGCUUAGGGAUUUAAGUCAGCCGAUUGAUGUUCCUUUACUCGAUGCCACUGUUGCUGCCUUCUAUGGCACCGGAUCUAAAGAAGAGAGAGCUGCUGCAGACCGGAUAUUGCAGGAGUUGCAAAGCAACCCAGAUAUGUGGAUGCAAGUUGUUCAUAUUUUACAAAAUACAAAGAAUUUAAACACCAAGUUCUUUGCUUUACAGGUCUUAGAAGGUGUUAUAAAGUAUAGAUGGAAUGCGCUGCCUGUUCAGCAACGAGAUGGAAUGAAAAAUUACAUUUCUGAAGUCAUUGUACAGCUUUCCAGUAAUGAAGCUUCCUUUCGACUGGAAAGGCUGUAUGUGAACAAGCUCAAUAUAAUUCUGGUCCAGAUAUUAAAACAUGAAUGGCCAGCUAGAUGGAGAAGCUUUAUUCCUGAUCUUGUUGCAGCAGCAAAAACUAGUGAAACUAUUUGUGAAAAUUGCAUGGCAAUAUUGAAACUUUUAAGUGAAGAAGUUUUUGAUUUCUCACGUGGGGAAAUGACUCAACAGAAGAUCAAAGAGCUUAAACAAUCACUAAACAGUGAAUUUCAACUCAUCCAUGAGUUAUGCUUAUAUGUACUAUCGGCCUCCCAAAGAACUGAGCUUAUUCGGGCUACACUUUCUACCUUGCAUGCAUUUCUUUCCUGGAUUCCUUUGGGCUAUAUAUUUGAAUCCCCACUGCUGGAAACACUCCUGAAAUUCUUUCCUAUGCCAUCAUAUAGAAAUCUUACCCUCCAGUGUCUGACAGAGGUUGCAGCUCUGAAUUUUGGAGAUUUCUACAAUAUGCAGUAUGUUAAGAUGUAUACUUUCUUCAUGGUCCAAUUACAGGCCAUUCUACCACCAACAACAAACAUUCCUGAGGCUUAUGCACAUGGAUCUAGUGAAGAACAGGCCUUUAUUCAGAACUUGUCAUUGUUCUUCACUUCAUUUUAUAAGUCUCAUAUUCGAGUUCUAGAGACUACACAAGAGAACAUAUCUGCAUUAUUGAUGGGUCUUGAAUAUUUGAUUAAUAUCUCAUAUGUUGAUGACACAGAGGUUUUUAAGGUUUGCUUGGACUAUUGGAACUCUUUGGUCUUGGAGCUCUUUGAGGCACAUCAUAAUUUGGAUAAUCCAGCAGUGACUGCAAACAUGAUGGGACUGCAGAUGCCUUUGCUUCAUGGUAUGGUAGAUGGCAUAGGUUCGCAAAUACUACAGCGAAGGCAGCUUUAUACUGGUCCCAUGUCAAAGUUGAGAAUGCUUAUGAUUUGUCGUAUGGCUAAACCUGAAGAGGUUCUUAUAGUUGAAGAUGAAAAUGGUAACAUCGUACGGGAAACCAUGAAGGACAAUGAUGUUCUAGUUCAAUACAAGAUCAUGAGGGAGACCUUGAUCUACUUAUCUCAUCUUGAUCAUGAAGACACUGAGAAACAGAUGCUAAAGAAAUUAAGUAAACAAUUAAGUGGCGAGGAUUGGAGUUGGAACAAUCUAAGCACUCUGUGCUGGGCAAUAGGAUCUAUAUCUGGUUCCAUGAUGGAAGAACAGGAAAAUAGAUUUCUGGUGAUGGUUAUUCGGGAUCUAUUGAAUUUGUGUGAAAUCACAAAGGGAAAAGAUAACAAAGCUGUUAUUGCAAGUAACAUUAUGUAUGUUGUUGGGCAGUAUCCACGGUUUCUCAGAGCCCAUUGGAAGUUCUUAAAAACUGUUGUCAAUAAGUUGUUCGAGUUUAUGCAUGAAACACAUCCUGGAGUGCAGGAUAUGGCCUGUGAAACAUUCUUGAAAAUUGUUACGAAGUGCAAGCGGAAAUUUGUAAUUUUACAGGUUGGGGAAAGUGAACCAUUUGUGUCCGAACUUCUGAUAGGGCUGCCAACAACUGUCGCUGAUCUUGAGCCUCACCAGAUCCAUUCGUUUUACGAAUCUGUAGGGCAUAUGAUUCAAGCAGAACCUGAUCCGCAGAAAAGAGAUGAAUAUUUGCAGAGACUGAUGGAUCUUCCUAACCAGAAAUGGGCUGAAAUCAUAGGGCAGGCUCGCCAGAGUGUUGAUUUUCUGAAAGAUCAAGAAGUGAUAAGGACUGUUCUAAAUAUAUUACAGACAAAUACAAGUGUUGCUAGCUCUCUGGGGACUUAUUUCUUAACCCAAAUUUCUUUAAUCUUUUUGGACAUGCUUAAUGUGUAUAGAAUGUACAGCGAGCUUAUAUCAAGUAGCAUUGCUGAUGGAGGGCCGUAUGCAUCGAAAACAUCCUAUGUUAAACUCUUACGAUCUGUCAAGAGAGAGACACUUAAGCUCAUUGAGACAUUUUUGGACAAAGCUGAAGACCAGCCUCAGAUUGGGAAGCAAUUUGUGCCCCCAAUGAUGGAUCCAGUCCUUGGUGACUAUGCUAGGAAUUUGCCUGAUGCUAGAGAAUCAGAAGUUCUUUCACUUUUUGCUAUAAUUAUAAACAAGUACAAAGCUGCAAUGAUCGAUGAUGUACCUCGGAUAUUUGAAGCUGUUUUCCAGUGUACGCUUGAGAUGAUUACCAAAAAUUUUGAAGACUACCCAGAACAUCGCCUCAAGUUCUUUUCAUUACUCCGGGCCAUUGCAACCCAUUGUUUUCCUGCUUUGAUCCGGUUGUCCAGCCAGCAAUUAAAGCUCGUAAUGGAUUCAAUCAUAUGGGCAUUCCGGCAUACAGAAAGGAAUAUUGCUGAAACUGGGCUAAACCUUCUGUUAGAGAUGCUGAAGAACUUUCAGGCUUCUGAAUUCUGUAAUCAGUUCUACCGGACAUACUUUGUGACAAUUGAGCAGGAAAUAUUUGCUGUGUUGACAGAUACAUUUCACAAACCUGGCUUCAAGUUGCAUGUCUUAGUGUUGCAGCACUUGUUUUGCCUAGUUGAGAGUGGUGCUUUGACGGAGCCCUUAUGGGAUGCUGCAACAGUGCCUUUACCAUACCCUAAUAAUGCAAUGUUUGUUCGCGAAUACACCAUUAAACUGUUGGGUACAUCAUUUCCCAACAUGACAGCAUCAGAGGUCACUCAAUUUGUCAACGGAUUAUUUGAGUCAAGAAAUGAUCUCUCUGUAUUUAAAAAUCAUAUCCGGGACUUUCUUGUGCAAUCAAAAGAAUUUUCGGCUCAGGAUAAUAAAGAUCUUUAUGCUGAAGAAGCUGCUGCUCAGAGAGAAAGGGAGAGACAAAGAAUGCUUUCUAUUCCGGGGCUUAUUGCCCCUAAUGAGAUCCAGGAUGAGAUGUUGGACUCUUAGAAGGGGGGGUUUUGAUGCGAAAGCUAAUUUGAUGAAUUUUAAACCAGGAGUUGCCGGUGCCAUGUUGAUUCAGUUACGUAGAAGUCAAUGGGUUUAAAACAGAUUACAGCAUUCUUUUCAUCUACAGUCAAAUUUUUCGUUGGUUUUGAUCCUGGUAGAUGACAAGGGUGCCACAGAAUUGAAGGUCUGGCUGCUGGCAGAACUGUCUGUAUAUCCAUUGGCUGGGUGUAGAUUAUUUAGGUGCUAAUGUAGGAAUAUAUUGGAGUCAUUGUACGGUUGCCUGGGAUCCUGGUCGACCCUUGUAUUCAUCAUGAUGAUGGUUGGGAUCAAAACUGUUUAAAUGACUCGUUUUGGAGUUGUUGAUUGAUUCAUCUUAGGUGUUAACGCAUAAUCUAAUGUUGGCGGGUUGUGCAGAUAGUUUCAAAUUUCUUUUACAGUGCCGUGUUCUAUGUUCGUUUAGGGGCUUAGUUUUAAUAUCUUCCCCUCUUCGUGAAAUGUACCUUGAACGUGUUUUGAUAUAUAUGAGGUUUCCUUUUUCCUCU